AGUCGCAUAAAGAUACGUACAUGUGGGUGGCUGAGCUGAAGUUAGAAAGUGCAGCUCCCAUUUCCCAGUUGGGUUCUUUGUAUGUGAGAGUGAGACAUCUGAGUUUAAAAAGGAAAAAUUACUGUAAAAUUCAUAUGUUUUCAGAACCGCCGGACACCAAUAAUGAUGAUGAGCCUCAGCGUGAGUCGACUCCCAAAUCCACGGCCUUCAUUAUUGCCAUCAUCCAUGGCUAGGGUUUCUCACUCCCAUUCUCUCAGAAAUUCCAAUUUCUGCUCCAGACCUUUGUGCCGGCCCCGGGUCCUACUUCCUCCUGCAUCCGCCCGCACUACCUCUCCAGCUCUUUAUACCCAACCGGAUUCUAAAGCCCAGGUCUUUGAGGAAAACAUAGAGAAGGUUAUUUAUCGAUGUCGCUUCAUGGCGCUACUUGGGGUGUUAGGCUCUUUAAUUGGCUCCAUUCUCUGCUUCAUCAAGGGCUGCGCUUACGUUGUACAGUCUUUUGUAGAAUACAUUGUAAAUCAUGGGAAAGUGAUUAUGCUGUUGGUGGAGGCCAUAGAUGUUUACCUUUUAGGAACAGUGAUGCUGGUGUUUGGAAUGGGUCUGUACGAGCUGUUUGUCAGCAAUCUUGGUACUGCAAAGUCACUAACAGAGGAAAAAGGUCCUUACGCAUCAAAUUUAUUUGGAUUAUUCACUCUUAAGGUCAGUUUUGAACUAUUAUUGGGUUGUUUUGGAUUGGUCACUGCAUAUAGAUCAUUAUCUUGCAUUAUUUAUUUUUUCAGUUGGGUAAUCAAUGUUUAUGAAUUGUAUCUUACAGGAACGACCGAAGUGGUUGGAUAUAAAAACAGUGAACGAGCUGAAAACAAAGGUUGGACAUGUAAUUGUUAUGCUUCUUCUAAUCGGUUUGCUUGACAAGUGUAAGAAAGCUUCCAUCAACACUCCCCUGGAUUUGCUGUGCUUCUCUGCUUCUGUUCUUCUCUCUUCGGGUUGCCUCUUUUUACUAUCUAAACUCACUGACUAACUAUCCAUAAGCGAUUUCCUUGAAGACAUAUUUACUUUUUUAUUUCACAUCUGAAUAUCUCUUUCUGUAUAAGUAUAAAUGUUAGCCUUUAGGUAGCGUUUUUGUUUACUAAAUGUGGUUAGUUUCUCCGUGUGGUAUACAAAUAUAUAAUACAUGUGUACCUGUAUGUAUAUUAUUCAUUACAAACAUAACACUAAUGAAUCGCAUUGGACUUGUUCGAGGAUCC